CUUUUGCCACGUGAUCAGCGGUGUCCAAUGACACGCUGUGAUGAUCAGUGCCCUGAUGAUCGGUGCCCAGCAGUGCCACCCGCAAGUUCCGCCCACCUGUGCCCAGCAGUGCGCCCACUAGCUCCGCCCACCUGUGCCCAGCAGAUCACCCACCCGUGCCCAGCAGUGCACCCACCUGUGCCACUCUGCAGUGUCACACACCUGUGCCCAGAAGUGCCACCUACCUGUGCCCAGCAGUGCCACCCACCUGUGCCCACCCACCUGUGCCCACCAGUGCCACCCACCUGUGCCCACCCACCAGUGCAGCCCAGCAGUGCUGCCAGUCAGUGCCACCAGUCAGUUCCC